CGCGCGCCCCCCUCCAGCUUGUUGCGUAAAAACGGAUGUAGCCGCUAAAACAGGUCCUACGUCUGAGAGCGCCGACGGACGGUCACAUUUCAAGGGACGGUGUCCGCUUCACUCGAAAACGGUCGACCGAGUCGAGACGGGAAAACGUAUUUCUAACGUUAUUUCUAAAAAAAAAAAAAAAAAACGCGUCAUCGACAGCGUCACGAGAGGCGGCCGUUGAGGAGUCGCUCGCUAACGUUAACGUUGUGUCUCGAUCCGCAGCGGCAGAGCAAGAUGGAGUGCGAGUGGAAGCCAGACGAGCAGGGACUUCAACAAAUACUUCAGCUGCUGAAGGAGUCUCAGUCGCCGGAUACGUCCACGCAGAGAUCCGUCCAGCAAAGACUCGAGCAGCUCAACCAGUACCCGGACUUCAACAACUAUCUGAUAUUCGUUCUGACAAAGUUAAAAUCAGAAGAUGAACCAACGCGGUCUCUGAGCGGGCUGAUACUGAAGAACAAUGUGAAAGCCCACUAUCAGAACUUCCCUAAUGGCGUGUCUGAUUUCAUCAAGAGCGAGUGCCUCCAAAACAUCGGCGACUCCUCUCCCCUCAUCCGGGCCACCGUAGGUAUCCUCAUCACCACCAUCGCCUCCAAGGGAGAGCUACAGAACUGGCCGGGACUUUUACCCAAGCUCUGCCAGCUGCUGGAUUCUGAGGACUACAACACGUGUGAGGGAGCGUUUGGAGCCCUGCAGAAAAUCUGCGAGGACUCCGCUGAGGUCCUGGACAGUGACGUGCUGGAUCGCCCUUUGAACAUCAUGAUCCCCAAGUUCCUGCAGUUUUUUAAGCACAGCAGUCCUAAGAUCAGGUCUCACGCCAUCGCCUGCGUGAAUCAGUUCAUCAUCAGCAGGACUCAGGCGCUCAUGCUGCACAUCGACCCUUUCAUUGAGAACCUGUUCGCUCUGGCCACAGAUGAGGAACCGGAAGUGAGGAAGAAUGUGUGCAGAGCUCUGGUCAUGCUGCUGGAAGUUCGCCUGGACCGUCUCCUGCCACACAUGCACAACAUCGUGGAGUACAUGCUGCUGAGGACUCAGGACCAAGAUGAAAACGUUUCCUUGGAAGCCUGUGAGUUCUGGCUCACUCUGGCGGAGCAGCCGGUGUGUAAGGAAGUGCUCUGUGGACACCUCUCCCAGCUCAUUCCGGUGCUUGUCAACGGGAUGAAGUACUCUGAGAUUGACAUAAUCCUGCUCAAGGGGGACACCGAGGAAGACGAGGCCAUCCCGGACAACGAGCAGGACAUCCGGCCGCGCUUCCAUCGCUCCCGCACGGUCGCCCAGCAGCACGAGGGCGACGGCAUCGAGGACGGCGAGGACGACGGCGAGGACGAAGACGACGACGACGACACCAUCUCCGACUGGAACCUGCGGAAGUGCUCGGCGGCCGCGCUGGACGUGCUGGCCAACGUGUUCAGGGACGAUCUGCUGCUGCACAUUCUGCCCCUCCUCAAAGAGCUGCUCUUCCACCCGGAGUGGGUCGUCAAAGAGUCUGGCAUCCUCGUGCUGGGGGCCAUAGCUGAAGGCUGCAUGCAGGGCAUGAUCCCCUACCUGCCGGAGCUCAUUCCCCAUCUGGUGCAGUGUUUGUCUGACAAGAAGGCCCUGGUGCGUUCCAUCACCUGCUGGACACUGAGCCGCUACGCGCACUGGGUGGUCGGCCAGCCUCCGGACACCUACCUGAAGCCUCUGAUGACGGAGCUGCUCAAGCGGAUUCUGGACAGCAACAAGCGUGUGCAGGAGGCUGCGUGCAGUGCCUUUGCCACUCUGGAGGAGGAGGCCUGCACCGAGCUGGUGCCCUACCUUGCAUUCAUCCUCGACACACUGGUGUUCGCGUUCAACAAGUACCAGCACAAAAAUCUGCUCAUUCUUUACGACGCCAUCGGGACACUGGCAGACUCUGUGGGGCAUCACCUCAACAAACCGGAAUACAUCCAGAUGCUGAUGCCUCCGCUGAUCCAGAAAUGGAACCAGCUGAAAGACGAAGACAAAGAUCUGUUCCCUUUGUUAGAAUGUCUGUCGUCUGUAGCCACGGCGCUGCAGAGCGGCUUCCUGCCCUACUGUGAGCCUGUGUACCAACGCUGCGUCAACCUGGUGCAGAAGACGCUUGCUCAGGACAUGCUUUAUCAGUCACAGCCAGACCAGUACGAAGCCCCUGACAAAGACUUCAUGAUCGUGGCUUUGGAUCUUCUGAGUGGCCUGGCGGAGGGUUUGGGAGGCACCAUCGAGGAGCUGGUUGCCCGUAGCAACAUCCUCACCCUCAUGUACCAGUGCAUGCAGGACAAAAUGCCAGAGGUGCGUCAGAGUUCUUUUGCUCUGCUGGGGGAUCUGACCAAGGCUUGUUUCCAACACGUCAAACCCUGCAUCGCUGAUUUCAUGCCCAUACUGGGUACUAACUUGAACCCAGAAUUAAUAUCAGUGUGCAACAAUGCAACAUGGGCAAUCGGAGAGAUAUCCAUACAAAUGGGCUCUGAAAUGCAGCCGUACAUUGCCAUGGUGCUGCACCAGCUGGUGGAGAUCAUUAACAGGCCAAAUACCCCAAAGACUCUACUGGAGAACACAGCGAUAACAAUUGGUCGUCUUGGUUACGUUUGUCCUCAAGAGGUGGCACCCAUGCUACAGCAGUUUAUAAGACCCUGGUGCACCUCUCUACGAAAUAUAAGAGACAAUGAGGAGAAAGACUCUGCGUUCAGAGGAAUCUGCACUAUGAUCAGCGUGAACCCGGGAGGCGUAGUGCAGGAUUUUAUAUUCUUCUGCGACGCAGUGGCCUCCUGGGUAAACCCAAACGACGACCUCCGAGACAUGUUCUGCAAGAUCCUCCACGGGUUUAAGAACCAGGUGGGCGAGGACAACUGGAGGCGCUUCUCGGAUCAGUUCCCCAUGCCGCUGAAGGAGCGACUGGCGACCUUUUAUGGGGUGUAACCGUUUCCACGGCAGCACGCCUCAUCGCGGGGGUCAUUCACUAUGGGAGACAAUAUGGGGAACCUCUUUUACCCAGGGAACAUGCUACCCUUUACUGGGGGGGGGGGGAAGGGGACGCGAACCCCUCCCGAACCUGAAGGGCGGGGUG